CGUAUCAUUGUGUCGCGUGUCGCGCUUUCCUUAUCCACCGCAGUUUGUUAUCGGCACUCCGCCCAUCGAAAGCUCGUGCUCCGGGCUGCCAUCUCGAUCACCAAGGUUACAAAGAUGGUCGAUGAGAUGGAAAUAACGCCUACGUCGCCCCGUGGCACCAAACGAAAAAACGACGAAACUCUACCGCUUCCUGCACCCAGACGCAUCAAAGCGCUCGCGCAAGACGUCGUGAACAAGAUCGCCGCAGGCGAAAUCAUCGUAGCGCCAGUCCAUGCACUGAAAGAGUUGAUUGAAAAUGCCGUCGAUGCCGGAUCUACUGCCUUGGAGGUUGUGAUCAAGGAGGGGGGUCUGAAAUUGCUCCAAAUUACGGACAACGGGCAUGGUAUCGAUGUCAGUCGCAAACUAUCAAUCUGGUAUUUGAGUUUUAUUGACCAUUCUUUAGAAAGGGGAUAUGCCUAUCCUUUGCGAGCGGUUCACAACCUCAAAGUUGAAAGCGUUUGA